GUGUAAAUAGCUUAAAGCGAGACGGUCAUCAAGCAAUUAAUAAUUCGAACACACACACAGCGCACAGUAGAACGCAUUGGUACAGAUGCAAGCACGUUUGUAAAAUGAUGACCACACAGGUGGUUAGGAAAGAGGAUGCUGUGCCGCGACUGCAGUUGUUUAACUGCUCUUUUGCUGAAUGUGGCGCGACAUUCACUCGGCAAUGGCGUCUGCAGGAGCACGAGACUGUGCACACUGGUGCGCGACCUCACAAGUGUGUAUUUGCGGAAUGUGGACGCAGUUUUACCCGUAAAUCGCACCUGAGUCGGCAUGCUUCAGUACACAGCGGCGUGAAAAACUUAAAGUGCACUGCUGAUGCAUGCGGCAAAAACUUCUAUGCUGCAGAUAAACUUAAGAGGCACGUGCGUUACGCGCACAGUGAAAAACGCGAUUACUUCAAGUGUAAAGAGCCUCAUUGCGCAAAGACGUUCAGGAAACGGCGAGCGUUAAAACUGCACCUGGCGACGCACGGUACUUCAAGUUUCAGGUGCUUGAGAAGCGGCUGUGCAAUGAGGUUUGAGUCCCAUAUUGCGCGGAAAGCUCAUGAUAGAAGACAUACAGGUUAUCGCUGUCUUUAUGCUGAAUGCCCCAUCAGUGUGCACACCUGGAGGAAUUUGCGGAAACACAUGGCGAGUCACCCAGCAUCAUUUUCCUGUAUGGUAUGUAAAAAAGCAUUUCGGAAACGUGAUGCCUUGAGGCGGCACAAGCGGACACAUGCGUUGCAGAAGCCAGUUUUGCUAUGUCCCAGUCAAGGUUGCCAAGCGUACUUUUCCACAACCUUCAACCUGCAGCACCAUAUUCGAAAGGUCCAUCUGCAGCUUCUCUCACACGGCUGCUCCUUCCCUGACUGCAGCAAGACUUUUGCCAUGCGCGAAAGCCUUGUCCGCCACAUGUUGCGUCAUGAACCUGAUGUGGCCAAACUCAAGCACCCACAUAAGCGCAGCAGCAAGAGUUGGCAGAAGCGGUUAGAAGGGCGAAAUCGACGUCCUCUGUUUGAAGACCUUCACUCGCUUUUUUCAUUACGCAUGAACCUCACUCAGAGGGCCAAACUAGAAGCUGAUCUGACGGGCCUGUUUAAUGAACGUAAAAUCCCACACCACGUUGAUCCUGAAGUAAACCUGCGAGAUCUGUUCAGUGUCCGGCCAACUCCAAAGGUGGUUGGUUGAUGUGUAUUUAAAAAAAAAAAAAAAAAAAAAAAAAAAAAUUCCUUAUAUAAACUUGCGAAUACUGUGCUGACAUGCUCAGUUUAUUUGAAUGUUUUGUUUAAUGUGUUGGUACUUGAGGUACAGCUUUUCUUUUAUUAGGCUACUGAGAACAGAAAUUGGUUUUUGUGAGUCUGAGUUCUAUAUGCUAAAUAAAAGUUCAAGUUUGGCA